AUGGCUCCUCCAUCUGAUUUCACCUUCCAGCAGAAGGUCAAAUUCGCUUUCUCCUCUCCAAAGCACUUUCAUCAGGCUAUAACUCUGGAAAGUGCGAAAUCCAAGUACAUCAACGAGGAUUUGGUUCCCUCACCACCCGAGCGAAGGACGUGGACCGCAUGGUCCUAUCUCGCAUACUGGUGGUCUGAAUGUUGGAAUAUCACAACCUGGUCCUUAGGAUCGAGUUUGAUCGCUUUAGGCCUAUCUAUCGGUAACGCAUUACUUGUUAUUCUAUUUGCCAAUAUUUUGUCUGCUAUUGUCAUCGUUGCCAAUGGCUUUGCUGCCUCGCACUAUCAUAUCGGUUAUCCUGUUUUGGCUCGAGCCACCUUCGGAAUGUACGGUCACUACUUCUUUGUAAUCAUCAGAGCCAUCCUUGGUAUCGUGUGGGCCGGUGUGCAAUUAUACUUCGAAGGCCAGUUCAUCUCGGUCAUGCUACGAUGCAUCUUCCCAUCAUGGGCUCGAUUGACCAACACCAUUCCCGAAUCGCAAGGAAUCACUUUACAAGUAUUCAUUGGCUUCGUGCUUGCUUUUGUCGUCACAAUACCUUUCAUGAUGAUACACACCAGCAAAAUCAAGCAUCUCUUCAGCGUCAAAUCCUUUGUGAUGCCUAUUGCGGGUCUCGGAAUCGUCAUAUGGGCUACGUCCGCAAAUCAUGGUGUUUCCUCUGAAGUACUCAGUACUGCUGUAGACAAGUCUAGUACUGCUAUCUAUGCCUGGAACAUCAUCGCUCAAUUCAAUUCUGUCAUGGGGUCAAAUUCUGCGUUGAUUGUCACCGUGCCCGAUCUUGCUCGAUACAGCCGAAAGCCAAGAGAUCAGGUCUUUGGUCAGCUUUUAGGUUUACCCAUGGCGAUUCUGUGUGCUGCCUUUGGGGUGAUCACCACCGCUGCUGUCCAGAACAUGUGGGGUGAAGCCUUCUGGAACCCAUACGAUCUCUUCAAUGGUAUCCUGGAUCACACUUAUAGCUCUAAAAGUCGAGCAGGUAUCUUCUUCGCUGCUCUAGUCUUCCUUUUCGCUACUUUGGGUACAUCAAUCGCUUGUAACAUCGUCCCCUUUGCUGCCGAUAUCACUUGUCUUCUUCCGAAAUACGUGAACAUUGUUCGGGGACAGUUCCUCUGUCUGAUCAUCUCCUUCGCCAUUACACCUUGGCAUAUUCUAACUUCCGCUCCAACAUUCUUAAAUUUCCUGGGUGGGUAUUCAAUCUUCCAGGGUUCGGUCGUAUCCAUCAUGCUUGUGGAUUACUUCCUUGUUCGACGCGGUAAUCUCGACAUUGGAGCUUUAUUCGAUGGAUCGCCUAAUUCCAAAUAUUUCUUCACAUUGGGAGUGAAUUGGCGUAGUAUCGCCGCCUUCGUAGUCGGCUUCGUCAUUCCUCUACCCGGAUUCAUCGGCUCCUUCGGUACUGUCACUGUUCCUCUGUCAGCCUCAAGGAUCUUCUAUCUAGGUUGGGAGCUCUCAUUCCUCUGCGGUGGUAUCGCAUAUUGGAUUCUCUGUUUACUUUUCAAGGUCCCGGGUCAAGAAGACUGUCAGAGACCUUUCCAAAACAUGGUACAUGACAGUUGGGUACUGCCUGAUGGCGAGACUUCCGAUGGUGCUAGCGCCCAGACACCUGUAGCGGAAUAUGGUGACUAUGAGAAGAGAAUUGAACCUGGUGUACAAGUUAAUAUGGUUUGA